GCUUCCUGUAGGAGGAUGGAGUCAGAUAUAAGAGGAGGCUGUCCAGUGGAUCACACUCAGAAUCAUUUUAUCCUUAAAUAUACUGAGGCGGAAGGAUCAACAAUCUUCUGUAGGCUAUCAGGCAUAUUAGUUAACAUGGAUUCCUGCUUUGGACUACUUAAGACCUGGGGAUAUAAGAGCUCUGCUUCAUGGAAGAAUUUCACCUUCAUUUGCUUAGUGCUGUGCAUGUGGACUAGUGUAGAGUCCUGGUCUUAUUUCUAUUCAAACAACACAAUGACAUGGGAAAAUGCACGAAGCUGGUGCCAGGAGCACUACACAGACAUGGUGGCCAUCCAGAACCAGGAAGAGAUCGAGCAUCUUAACAACUGGCUGCCCAAGAAAAAUGGCUACUACUGGAUUGGAAUCCGUAAGAUCAAUAAUGUCUGGACCUGGGUAGGAACCAACAAGCCUCUGACAGAGGAAGCAACCAACUGGGCAAAAGGAGAACCGAACAAUGGCGAGAGAGAAAUAAAUUCAAAGAUCAGUGAGGAUUGUGUGGAGAUGUACAUUAAAAGAGACAAAGAACCAGGCAAGUGGAAUGACGAGAGAUGUACAAAAUCAAAGACUGCUCUGUGCUACACAGCGGCUUGUAAGAAUAACUCCUGUUUGCAUGGAGAGUGUGUUGAAACCAUCAACAGCCACAAAUGUGAUUGCUUUGAAGGGUUUUUUGGAGACAAGUGUGACCAAGUUGUGCAGUGUAACAAAAGUGAGGUGAUUGUGCCAGAUAAAGGACAUGUAAAUUGCUCUCACAACUAUGGCAGUUUCUCCUAUGACUCCUUGUGUCAGUAUUCCUGUGAGGAAGGAUACAAGCUGAGUGUGCAGACUCCUCUGAGGUGCACGGGAUCAGGAAAAUGGUCAGAAAAACCCCCUACAUGUGAAAUGAUUCAAUGUGAGAAGAUGUCAGAGCCGACACAUGGAUCCAUGAAAUGCUCCGAUCCUCUGGGCUCAUUCAGCUAUCAGUCCACCUGUACUUUUACCUGUGAUGAAGGUUAUGUACUGUCUGGAUCUUCAUCUCUGCAAUGUGAAGCAUCAGCAAAUUGGAAUGGAUCCCAGCCAUACUGUGUUGCUGUUCAGUGCCCUGCGCUGCAAAACUUGACAAAUGGCUUUGUCAGCUGUGGAGAAGAUGCUGAUACGAGGUUCAGCUACAAAAACACCUGCAGCUUCAGUUGUGACCAAGGUUACCAUUUAGUGGGAGCCAGUAGAGUGACCUGCACAUCAGGAGGUACAUGGAAUCAGCAGAUUCCUCACUGUGAAGCCAUCCUUUGCCAGAAUCCAGAGAGAGAAGCUCCCCUCAUCAUGCAGUGCAGUGAAUCUGAGACUGAACUGCGACCAAACUCCACCUGCAGCUUCAGCUGUGAAGAAGGUUUUGAACUGCAGGGAGCAAACACCAUCAAGUGUUCUGAGGACGGACAGUGGAAUGAAAACAUACCUACAUGCAAAGCAAAAGGAUGUCCUGCUCCAGAGGUCCCAACAAAUGGUCAGAUAAGCUGCAGCCCUUCUCUGUCUUCAUUUCUUAGUCAUGACACACCCCAUCCACUUGGCAUGGUUUGUCAUUUUACAUGUGAUGAAGGACAUGAGCUGCAAGGUGCACACAGCAUGGAGUGUACACAUCCAGGCCAAUGGACCUCCAGAUCACCAACCUGCACAGCUGUUACAUGUUUGUUGCUUGAGGCUCCUGAAAACGGUCACAUCAGUUGUUCCAGCACUGAGUCAGUUUACAGCUCUCAGUGCUCCUUCAGCUGUGACCAAGGCUACUCAUUAGAAGGACCUGAGCUGCUGACAUGUGGUCAUCAUGGUAACUGGACUGCAGAGAAACCCACCUGUCAAGCUCCUGCUCCAGUAGCUGCAGUUACCGUUGGUGUGGCAACAGGCGCCACUGCCUUGUUAUCUGGUGUGUCUAUGGCUUUGUGGCUCUUGAAAAAAAUGAAGAAGAAAGCUGACGCAUAUGAGCUGAGCAGCAACUCUGACAUAGAGGCUCCUCUACAGAGCUACAAAAAGCAGUGACAGCCUGAUGUAGAAGACAUUUCUGUUCUUUGUAGACAACUACAGACAGUAUAUAUUU